UAGAAUGUUGAUAAAAGAAAGGAGCAGCAUAUGUAAACACGUCCGGUUGUAAUCCCGUGUAUCCGCUAGGGGGCAUUAUUCACUACUGUCUGAAUAAACAUGGCGGCGUACAGACGGAGAUUAAUAGCUGCUGGACUGAGCUGUGCGUCUUCCUGGAUAAACAGGAGUGUCUGUCAGAGCCGAAGAUUUGCUGUGCUACCCACCGUCGUCAGGAGAAACUGGGUGACGUUGAGUGUCACGGGCGCGCUCUGUGCCGUUCCGUUCACGCAGAAACCAGAAAGUCUGUCUCAUGAAGAGCUGGUACGGAGAGCAUCAUCUCUGGUCACUGACAGCACUAAUACUUUCUUGUCACAAACCACUUUAGCACUGCUAGACUCCCUAACAUGUUAUACUAAGGUGAUUAACAAUCUUGUGACAUUACACAAACAAUAUGUGGCUUCCAUUAAAAAACUUAGCCCUGCAGAUGAGGAUGCUAUUUGGCAAGUCAUUCUUCGACAACGUCAAGAGGUAAUGGAGAGGCAAAAAGAUUGCAAACGAUUUGAAUCAUGCUGGAUGACAGCCAUAAAUCUCUCAGAGAUGGCAGCAGAGGCGGCCUUCAAUGCAGGGGCUGACCAAGCUUCUGUAACAGUACAGAGUAAUCUACAUGUUGCACGGUCUCAGGUGAAACAUGUUCAACAACUCUCAGAGGAGGCAGAGAAACAACUCAAAGACUCUAAGGCUGGUGUAAGUGAGAGGCUAAAAAUGGCCCACAACACCAGAAUGGAGGAAGAUGAGGACAUCCCAGAUGCAUAUCUACGAGAGGAUUAGUGACAUCAUUAACCCUUACAGUAAUGUGGCAAUUCUGAAACCAACAUUACUUGUUUAAUCACUGAAGCGUAUGCCCGCUGGCAUAUGUUCAAAAUAUUGUGUGCUUAAGAAAAUGCUGUGAAACAUGCUUAAAUGACAAAAAGUAUUAAGAGUAAACUAUGAGGGGAUAAGGGACAAGAUUAAGAUGUUCCAUCUCAGGUGCCUUACAAUAGUUUGUAAUUAAAGAUCAUUAUGAAUACAUAAUAUAUAUAUAUAUAUAUAUAUAUAUAUAUAUAU